AUGGCUCCUUCAGUAUGUCUUCGUGGCCCACCAGAGCUCCAACUUUACCACCCCACGACCACCAUCAAAAUCUGUCAAGGCCAGUCUUCUUCUUCAAACCCCUGCCUUGAAUUCUUCAAGGCCACCACAUACUCUGAUAAAUCCCAACAAAACCCUCCCAUGUAUCAGCAGCAGAAGGAUCUGACAGAAUAUGAAGCAGAGGCAUGGAAGCAUGACCCUCUCACAACUCUCAAGCUCAUAUUUUGCCUGAGAAUGGUGGGGAGGCCCAACAAAGAAGCCUUUUACAAAUCCCUCUUUUGGAUCCACAAAAACCACCCUCUAACCUUGGCUUUGAAUCUCAAGGUUUUUGCGCAAUUGGGUUGGUUCAAAGAUCUAUUGGAAAUUCUCUAUAGGGUUUUGCAGAAAUCCAUAGAUGAAGCAAAGGAAAAGGAGGAGGAAGAGAGCCAGAAAGAGUAUUGGAAGAAACGUACGAAUUAUUGUCAGAAACCUAGUAAAAGGAAUUAUUGGUCCGACUCCGAGGAAGAUGAAAGUGAUGAGGAGGAACACGAAAGCGAUGAGGAGGAAGACGACGAAAGCAAGGAGGAGGAAGAGGAAGGAGAGAACGAAGAGAGCAAAACAGUCACAGAUGUUCACAUUGCCAGGGCUAAAAGUGCGGUUGAUAGGUAUCAAAACGAUUUAGAAUAUCGAUACUUGCACGAUCGUGUAUCCGAGGUGUUUGUGGAAAUGCUGACAUCGGAUUUAUUGUCUUUGAAGUGCUGUAAGAUUGAAAAGAUCAGCUCUAUUUCCAAAUUCUGUCCUUCUAUUGAUUCGUCUUACGACAGAGAAACUUUGAUAUGUGAAAACAUAGCAAGGAGAAUGUUUCCACGCCAUAAUUUUGGAGAGUACGAAGAUGUUGAAGAAGCUCAUUAUGCUUAUAGGGUUCGUGAUCGAUUGAGGAAACAAGUACUUAGCCCCCUGCGCAAGGCAUUGGAGUGCUUACCGGCUGCGAAACAGAACAACCAGUCAUCAUCAUUGUUCAAGAAAUGCAAGGAGCUGAUUGCUUUGGAAAUCUACAGUAAGAUCAUUGGUUGUGAUGGUGGAGGCCGUGAUGAAAGCAAAUUGAAAUUCAAGUGUUACAUGAAGCUCGUGAACAUGCUAUUACCAAACAAUUAUAUUUUCAACUUGUGCUUUGGUGAUGGGCUAAAGCUUCCCCACCAUGUGGUGGCCUCAUUGGAGAAGGAUCAGUGUGGUGCUGAUGAGAUUGCAGAGGUUCAAUGGCAGAGACUAGUCCAACAGUUGCAGAACAAAGAGAAGUUCAGGAAUUGUAUUGCAGUGUGUGAUGUCCCGGAGAGCAGGAGAGGGUCAUUGAAGGAGAUGGUUUGCAUUUCAAUGGGGUUGUUGGUUUCGGAGCUCAGCGAAAAACCAUGGCAAGGUUCUGUUUUUCCAUUCAGCGAUUUCCCAAGGCUGCACAAAAUCAAAGGAGACAAUCUCAAGUCCAGAUGUGAGUUCAUGAGGAACAUAGUGGAUUUUGACAAGGCCUCUAAGAAUGAUUGGGUGCUGGAUUAUAGGGAGGCUGUGAAGAAUUACAGUAAGAGAGGGUAUGCAUAUGUGCCACGGUUGGUGUUUUGGAAUUUGAAGGGCUCAAUUGCUGAGCCUAACUUCAUUGGUAGCCAUGUUGUAAAGAAUCACAAUGCAGGGAUGAUCAUCACUGGGUUUUCCAACACUCUGCUCAGUCUUUUCUGCAAUGGGGAAUCGAAUCCGGGAACAUAUGCAGCUCGGGUUGCUCAGGGACGUGCUGCUUUUGGGAUUGAUCUUGUGUCACUCCGGAGGUUUGCUCCAAAGAUUGAGGAUGUAAUGGAACGGGCACUUUCAAAUGAAGACUUGACGAGCCUCUUUGUAUUCGACUGA